AUGCUUGGGGAGGAUUUCGUGGAGAAGGUGGAUGUUGAGUUUUACUGGAAAAAUCGAGACAGUGGGGAUGUAGAGAUUGGGGUCCUUCCUCAAUCCCUACAGCCAGAGGGUGGAACGGCCACUGGAUGUUACACAUGGGGUGGAGAAGCUUCCUUUGGAGGCUCCGUAGUUCCUGUGGCAGCCUUGAAGUUCAGGUCUGUGGACCUGCAGAGCCCAAGAAACAACCAGGAGCAUCACACGCAGGAGAUGGGCCUGAAGCGGCUUGUUGUACGCCGGGGCCAGUCCUUUCUGCUCCAACUACAUUUCAGCCGACCCUUCCACUUUGGGACAGACUACCUCACCUUUGUGGCUGAGACGGGACCAGCGCCCACGGAGUUGCUGGGAACCCGAGCCACCUUCUCCCUUACCCAGGCUCGACAAGGGAAUGUCUGGAGUGCUUCUGACUUCACCAUUGACACCAACUCACUCUUUGUCUCCCUUUUUACACCAUCCAAUGCAGUCAUUGGUCCCUACACUCUGAAGAUAGAGAUCUCUCAGGGCCAGGGUCACAGUGUGACUCACCCAUUGGGAACUUUCAUCCUGCUUUUUAACCCUUGGAAUGCAGAGGAUGAUGUCUACCUGCCAAGUGAAAUACUAUUGCAGGAGUAUAUCAUGAUGGACUAUGGCUUUGUUUACAAGGGUCAUGAAAGAUUCAUCACCUCCUGGCCCUGGAACUAUGGGCAGUUUGAAGAGGACAUCAUAGAUAUCUGCUUUGAGAUCUUGAACAAGAGCCUGUACUUCUUAGAGAACCCAUCCAAAGACUACUCCCAGCGGAAUGACCCUGUGUACGUCUGCAGGGUGGUGAGCGCCAUGAUCAACAGCAACGAUGACAACGGUGUGCUGCAGGGAAACUGGGGAGAGGACUACUCCAGGGGGGUCAGCCCGCUGGAGUGGAAUGGCAGCGUAGCCAUCCUGCGGCAGUGGUUAGCCAGGGGCAGGCAGCCUGUGAAGUAUGGACAGUGCUGGGUCUUUGCAGCUGUGAUGUGCACAGUAAUGAGAUGUUUAGGUGUUCUAACCCGUGUGGUUUCCAAUUUUCAUUCUGCACACAACAUGGACAGGAACUUGACCGUCGACACCUACUAUGACCAAAAUGCAGAGAUGCUGCCUACUCAGAAGCGAGACAAAAUAUGGAAUUUCCAUGUCUGGAAUGAGUGCUGGAUGAUCCGGAAAGAUCUCCCACCAGGAUACAAUGGGUGGCAAGUUCUGGACCCCACUCCCCAGCAAACCAGCAGCGGGAUAUUCUGCUGCGGUCCUGCUUCUGUGAAGGCCAUCAGGGAAGGGGAGGUUCACCUGCCCUAUGACACCCCAUUUGUGUACGCUGAGGUGAAUGCUGAUGAAGUCAUUUGGCUCUUCAGAGAUGGUCAGGCCCAGGAAAUCCUGGACCAUAAUACCCGUUCCAUUGGGAAGGAAAUCAGCACCAAGAUGGUAGGGUCAGCUAAGCGACAGAACAUUACCAGCUCCUACAAGUAUCCAGAAGGAUCCCCUGAAGAGCGAUCUGUGUUCAUGAAGGCUUCCCAGAAAAUGCUGGGCCCAGGAAGGGCCUCCUCACCCUUCCUGGAUCUGCUGGGGUCCAGGGGAUCUCAGGAUCAGCCAGCCCAGCUGCAGCUUCACCUGGCCAGGACGCCUGAGUGGGGCCAGGACCUAUUGCUGAAGCUGCAUGCCCUGAGGGUGCCAGACAGAGUCCACCCCCGGGGUCCCAUCAGACUGGUGGUGCACUUCUGCGCACAGGCCCUGCUGCACCAGGGUGGCACCCGGGAGCCCCUCUGGAGGCAAACAGUGCACUUGAACCUGGACUUUGGGGAGGAGAUACAGUGGCCGCUCUUGCUACCCUACGACAAUUAUAGAAACAAGCUGACAGAUGAGAAGCUGAUCCGUGUGUCUGGCAUUGCCAAGGUGGAGGAUAUGGGGAGGUCCAUGCUGGUCCUAAAAGAUAUCUCUCUGGAACCUCCCAAUUUAUCUAUUGAGGUGUCUAAAAGGGCUGAGGUGGGCAAGGCACUGAGAGUCCACAUCACCCUCACCAAUACCCUAAUGACUGCUCUGAGUAACUGCAUGAUGGUGCUGGAGGGAAGUGGCCUCAUUGAUGGGCAGAUAUCCAAAAACAUUGGGACUCUGGUGGCUGGACACACCAUCCACAUUCAACUGGACCUCUACCCCAUCAAAACUGGACCACGCCAGCUGCAAGUCCUCAUCAGCAGCAAUGAGAUCAAGGAGAUCAAGGGCUACAAGGACAUCUUUGUUGCUGCAGCCAGGGUUUCUUCAGCCCCGCCCCGCCCCGCCCUGUACUCUCCCAACCACCCCCUCCCGUCUCUCCCUGAGCCCAGCACCCUUCCUACUGCUCCCCUCCUCAUCCCCUAGCCCCUUCCCUACCCCCCACUCCUGAUACCCUUCCAGCCCUCUGGCAGCCCCACCUUGGUCUUUUCUGCUCCUGAAGGUGUAAUGUUAUCUUUUCCCCUUCUCUGUCCGGUUCCUGGCCUGCUUGGGGUGAAUGAAGCACUAUUAGAACCUCUGUGCAUCUUGGGAAGAGACAAUAAAGACCUCUUAAUUUA